AUGGCUUCUCAUCUCUCCCUCUCCAUCCUCCUCCUCAUCUUCUCCAGACUCUCAGGUAAGGGUAACAUGUUUCUAUGAAGUGCUGAAGUUGAGGUCAGGGACUGGGACUGGACACAUGCUGACACUCUGAAGACAGGAGCAGUAGCUUGUCUUAUCAAUAACACUUCCUGUAUUAUGUGUGUUAUAGUCCAGAUGGAAUGUCAUUUUACUGCUGUGAGAAUUUUAUUGAAUUCCAAUCUAAUGUGUUUUCUGUUGUUGUGUCUACAGGUGCUUAUCGUGUGUCUGUGAAGACAGGAGGCUCCAUCACCAUCCCGUGUCCCUAUCAUCAGGAAUACAAAACCCAUGUGAAAUAUUGGUGUAAAGGAUAUUAUUUCAAUAGUUGCUCUCCUGUUGUACGCACUUACCUUCCUAAGAGCACAGCUAAGGCCUCAAUCUCUGAUGACAUCAACCAGCUAACCUUCACUGUGAACAUGACUGAUCUGGGGAGAAAGUCCUCUGGACGUUACUAUUGUGCUGUGGUGAUCAAUGGCCUACAACAUGUCUGGACAAAUUGGUUCGACCUAUCUGUCACUCCAGGUAAGACCCUGCAACUCUUCCAUAUGAUUACAUGACUGGUGUUCUGGUUUCAUUUACUGGUGUCACUAUUAUUGUUCAAGUUGACAUGAGGAAAGUUGGUAUAUGUCUACUUUCUGUUCUCUAUCCAUCAUAUCAUAAUUAUGAUAUUUGUUGUCAGUUGUUACAAAAAAACCACUUGAUCACUCAGGACCUUCUUUGGUGUGUGUACCUCUGUGUUCAGGUACUCUAAAACUCUAUGUGGACCAACAGGAGGUGACUGGAGUUGAAGGAGGGAGUGUCAUUGUAAAAUGUUACUAUGGUGACAUUGGACAUAUGAAGUGGUGCAGGAUUGGCAGGAUUGGCAGUGUCUCCUGUAUGUGGGGGAAUUCUGGGAGUAUAGAUGGAACAUCAGUGACCCUACAGCAGACCACAAGAAGAAACAACUUAACGGUGACUAUGAGUGAUCUGAAGAUGGAGAACACUGGCUGGUACAGUUGUGAAGUGGAAGACCGUAUGAUGCCUGUUCACAUCACUGUCAGACGACAAACCACCACACAAAGUACCACCACUGUGACCAGUGAGUAGAGAGCAAUCAGAUACUGUAUAAUUAAGUAUUAACCUGGUUUUAUCCAGACUUGCUGGCUUAUCAUCUAAAUCAAAUUGGAUUUUAACCAGAUUCAAAGCUUUUGGGAAUAGUUACAGAGGUCCUACCUGUCACACCCUGGCUCUGGGGACUCUAUAUGUUGAGCCAGGGUGUGUAGAUUCUAUGUGUGUUUGUUCUAUGUUCACAGUCUAGUUUGUAUUUCUAUGUUGGCCAGAGUGGUUCCCAAUCAGAGGCAACGAGUGUCAGCUGUUGCUGGUUGUCUCUGAUUGGGAGCCAUAUUUAGACAGGCUGUGUUCCCACAGGUGUUGUGGGAUCUUGUUCCUUUUGGUUUGUUCCGUGUUGGUUGUGUUUAACCUAGGACGUCAAGUUAUUGUUUUGUUCUUGUUAUCACUAUCGAUAAUAAAGUAUGUUCGUUCAUCACGCUGCGCCUUGGUCUACUCCGUUUGACGAUCGUGACACUACCAUUGGUUUGAACUCAACAGUGCUAAUACUAAGUGAAAAUCCACAUGUUGGGGUAAAUGAAAUAAGCUGGACAAGAAGGUCAUAGCUUAGCCACAAUGUCUUGUUACAGUUCAGUCUACCCUGUGUCUCUCUGGUACACCAGUCAUAAUAACAUUGUUGUUUUUACCUCACAGCAACCCAAGCUCCAACCACUGAACAAUCCUCUUUCUCUCCAACUGCUGAGCCUGUUCAGACUGACAACACAGUCCAAGGACCUGAGGGGGGCAAGGAGAAGGACAACAUGAGGUAAUGAUCACUUAUUCAGCUGUAUUUCACACUUACUCUUCCAAAUGGAUAACAAUAGAAAUAAUACCUUAAACGUCUUCACACAGUAUAGGCCAAGACACUGUUGUCAUAGAGACAUUUACCAUCAUAGAAACAGAGACAUUUACCACUUCCUCGUACCUCUGUGGCUUGUUGAAGUAGCAGCAUUCUAUUCUUGUAUGGCCAAGUUUCACACAUAAAAGGUGUGAAGAGCUGAACAAAUAUUUCCAUUUAGUCAUAGCAGCACAAAAAGUAUCAUAAAAAAAUCUUAAUAUCUUAUAUGUUUUACGGACUAUAUUUUACAAUAAACAAAGUCUUUCACCUUCAGUUCCAUAGUUCUAAAAGUCCUACUGAUUCCUCUGGGCAUGUUGGUUGUGGUGAUAUCUGGUGUCCUAGUCACAUGAAGCAGUGGACACAUCAAUUCAGUCUACAAGUGUAGACCUAAUGCAAUCACAGAUUGGUACAGACACCAAAAGAGGUCCUGACUGAGUGACCAAGUGUUUUUUGUAACAACUGACCAGAAAUGUCAUAAUUAUGAUAUGAUGGAUCGCAGAUUGUCAUUACAAUACGUAGGGGUUUUGUAACAGAUGUCUCUUUCCAUUCAUCAAAUUGCAGGUGCACAGUGCACUGUUUGGAUGCUGGAAUUAUUUUGUGAUUGCAGGAACGUUCGCGGGUAACCUACAGGAGCCCCUUUUUGAAGUGAUUGUUUGACACUCAGAUGAAAACAUCAUGACUGGUUGUAUUUCUGCCAUAUUAAAAGGUAAUGCAUGUUAAAAGUGAUAUGACUAAUCUUUACUAGUCCUAGACUACUAGGCCACAGAGAUUAUAUAUUAAAAUAAUAAGGUUUGUAUAUGUAAUUCUAUGAUUACACCUAGGCUUUAAAAAUAUAGAUAUACUUUCACCCCUGUUGAAAAUAUUAUUAUUAUUAUUAUUAGUAUAUAUAAAUCCUUCGCCCUUCUCUGAAGACGUAGAAGGCCCUCAUUGUUCCCCACUGUGUUUGGGUUAGUAAUAAUUUGUAGAGUACCUCUAUUUGCCCUCAACAUGCAUUGUUUCACCAUUCUGAAUGUCUAAAAAAAAUCCAUAUGUUCUUCUGAAAUAUGAACACAGAUAUACAGGAUAUGUAUUACUUUUAUUUAGAUGGCGAUUUGACAAAAUUACAAUCAUGGUCUUGAAUUGGACUUGCAUUUUUCUGGUCUCAGUCUUGCCUCGGUCUUAGACCCCUCGUCCCGGUCCAGGUCUCGGUCUUGACUCGGAAUCGAUUUGCGCCGGGCCUGGUCUUGAAUCGGACUUGCUUUAGGUGGUCUCGAACACAACAUUGCUGGUAUCACUAUUAUUCUUCAAGUUGACAUGAGGAAUGUUGGUAUAUGUCUACUUUCUGUUCUCUAUCCAUCAUAUCAUAAUUAUGAUAUUUGUGGUCAGUUGUUACAAAAAAACACUUGAUCACUCAGGACCUUCUUUGGUGUGUGUACCUCUGUGUUCAGGUACUCCAGAACUCUAUGUGGACCAACAGGAGGUGACUGGAGUUGAAGGAGGGAGUGUCAUUGUAAAUUGUUACUAUAGUGACAUUGGACAUAUGAAGUGGUGCAGGAUUGGCAGGAUUGGCAGUGUCUCCUGUAUGUGGGGGAAUUCUGGGAAUAUAGAUGGAACAUCAGUGACAUUACAACAGUCCAAAGCUGUCACCAGAAGAAAAGUCUUAACGUUGACAAUGAGUGGUCUGAAGAUGAAGAUCAAUGUUUUUCACACAAGUUUAGGUCACAAAAACACCCUCCUUAAACGUUUUCACACCGAGUAUAGGUCAACACACUUCCUCACACCCUGUUAUAGAGACAUUUACCAUCAUAGAGACAGACACAUUUACCACUUCCUCAUACCUCUGUGGCUUGUUGAAGUAGCAGCCUUCUAUUCUUGGAUGGCCAAGUUUCACACAUUAAAGGUGUGAAGAGCUGAACAAACAUUUCCAUUUUGUCAUAGCAGCACAAAAAAUAUCCUAAACAAAUAUAUAUUUAUUUGUGAUAUUUUAUGGACUGCAUUUGGCAAUAAACAGACUUUCACCAUCAGUUCAAUAGAUCUAAAAGUCCUACUGGUUCCUCUGGGCAUGCUGGUGGUGGUGAUAUCUGGUGUUCUAGUCACAUGGAAGAUAACUACACUACCACCUUCAAUGAUCCACACUCAUUAA